CCGUCGCUCCCGCUUGUCUGAAUGCCUCUUUUAGGACGCACAGGAGUCCAGAUUCCUUUGCGCCCACCUCCAGUGCUAACGCCGCUACCAGGAUGGACUGUUGAAAUAGGGAAGCAUUGCAGACCUGGUCAUACAACCCAGCUGGCCCACUCUCUGCUUUAUUUAUCUAUUACUGGUUAUUUAAAUUGAACUUUUAAUAACCUGCCAGCUGUUCUUCAGACACACAUGGUGCAUUGUUGCCAUUCCAGAAUCGUGUCUUUGAAAUCCAGGCCAUCGGUAACCUUCAUCGAACAAAGAGGCGACCGAGAGGGUACAACUGCAGCAGGACAUUUUGAAACCUGCUGCCCUCUAGCUUUGCUGGCUGGUGCUGUUUUUCUAGUUUAUCAUGGAGCCCACAAUGGAGUAUUGCUUGGCACAGGUUCUGCAGAAGGAUGUUGGGAAGAGACUUCAGGUUGGCCAAGAACUGAUAGACUAUUUCUCAGAUAAACAAAAAUCUGCUGAUCUUGAACAUGAUCAGACCAUGCUGGAUAAAAUGGUUGAUGGUCUUGCUACCUCGUGGGUCAAUUCCAGCAAUUAUAAGGUUGUCCUGCUGGGUUUGGACAUCUUAUCUGCGCUGGUGUCACGACUCCAAGAAAGAUUUAAAGCCCAGAUUGGCACAGUGCUACCAAGUUUAAUUGACAGACUGGGAGAUGCAAAGGAUUUGGUGCGAGAACAGGAUCAGGCACUAUUGCUAAAAAUCAUGGAGCAAGCUGCUAACCCUCAGUAUGUAUGGGACAGGAUAUUGGGAGGAUUCAAACACAAGAAUUUCCGGACGAGAGAAGGGAUUUGCCUCUGCCUUAUUGCAACACUCAAUGCAUCUGGAGCUCAGAGUUUAACUCUGAGCAAGAUUGUGCCACAUAUAUGUAGCUUACUUGGAGAUCCAAACAGCCAGGUUCGUGAUGCAGCAAUAAAUAGCCUAGUAGAAAUCUACAGACAUGUAGGGGAACGUGUAAGGGCUGAUCUCAGCAAAAAGGGAUUGCCACAGUCUCGAUUGAACAUAAUUUUCACAAAAUUUGAUGAGGUUCAGAAAUCAGGAACCAUGAUCCAGGGAUCAGGUGAUAAAAACUUUGAUGAUGAUGACUCUGUGGACGGGAACAGACCUUCUUCAGCCAGCUCCUCUACGUCUUCAAAGGCUCCUUCAACCUCUCGAAAAGGUGGGAUGGGAACUGCUCGCAGAGCUGGAACAGCUGCUCUGGUCUCAAAAACCCCAGCGGCUAAAGAAGGAGCUGGUGCUGUUGAUGAAGAGGAUUUCGUUAAAGCUUUUGAUGAUGUCCCUACUGUUCAGAUUUAUUCCAGUCGAGACCUUGAGGAAUCCAUCAACAAAAUCAGAGAAAUCCUGUCAGAUGAUAAACAUGAUUGGGAACAGAGAGUAACUGCACUGAAAAAGAUCCGUUCUCUGUUGUUGGCUGGAGCAGCUGAAUAUGAUACCUUCUUCCAACACCUGCGCUUGCUUGAUGGAGCAUUUAAAUUAUCUGCUAAAGACUUGCGGUCCCAGGUAGUGCGAGAGGCUUGUAUCACAUUAGGGCAUCUGUCGUUGGUCUUGGGUAACAAGUUUGACCAUGGGGCUGAAGCCAUCAUGCCAACAAUCUUUAAUCUCAUUCCCAACAGUGCCAAAGUUAUGGCCACCUCCGGCGUAGUAGCUGUUAGAUUGAUUAUCCGACAUACACACACCCCUCGACUAAUCCCCAUCAUCACUAGUAACUGUUCCUCCAAGUCUGUUGCAGUUAGAAGGCGCUGUUUUGAAUUUUUAGAUUUACUUUUACAGGAAUGGCAAACACACUCCUUAGAAAGGCACAUAUCAGUAUUGGCAGAAACAAUAAAGAAGGGAGUUCAUGAUGCUGACUCUGAAGCACGGAUAAAAGCCAGAAAGUGUUAUUGGGGUUUCCACAACCAUUUUAGUAGAGAAGCAGAACAUUUGUAUAAUUCAUUGGAAUCUUCUUACCAGAAGGCGCUACAAUCUUACUUGAAGAACUCUGAUAGCAUAGUAUCCUUGCCCCAAUCAGAUCGUUCCUCUUCGAGCUCCCAGGAAAGUCUCAACCGUCCACUUUCUGCCAAAAGAAGUCCAACUGGAAGUACUACAUCACGAGCCUCUACAGUGAGUGCAAAAUCAGUGUCGACCUCAGGGUCUCUGCAACGUUCCCGUAGUGACGUUGACGUGAAUGCAGCAGCCAGUGCCAAAUCUAAAGUAACAUCUUCUGGAUCGGAUGCUCCCUUUAGCUCUGCUGCUGCCCUGCCUCCAGGCUCCUAUGCAUCACUAGAUGGUACUACCAGUAAACCUGAUGGUCGGAUCCGUACAAGAAGGCAAAGCUCUGGAAGUGCCACAAGCAUUACCUCAACACCUGCUGACAGUCGAGGCCGCAGCCGGGCUAAAGUAGUUUCACAAUCCCAGCGAUCCAGAUCAGCUAACCCUGCUGGUGCUGGCAGUAGAUCCAGUUCCCCUGGCAAACUCUUGGGAAGUGCAUACGGUGGAUUGAACAGCGGAACGGCCAGGGGACCCGCAUUGCCAUCACCUGCUGACAAACGCAGCAAGGUCCCAAGAAGUCAGGGCUGCAGCCGAGAGACGAGCCCAAACAGGAUAGGUCUAGCACGGAGCAGCCGUAUCCCCCGACCCAGCGUGAGUCAGGGGUGCAGCCGCGAUACCAGCCGUGAGAGCAGCCGAGAUACAAGCCCUGCUCGGGGCUUCCCUCCACUUGACCGGUUUGGGCUUGGACAGCCAGGCAGGUUGCCUGCUUCUAUGAAUGCAAUGCGAGUCCUCAGCACAAGCACGGAUCUGGAGGCUGCUGUGGCUGAUGCACUGCUCUUAGGAGACUCCAGGAGCAAGAAAAAGCCAGUGAGACGAAGAUAUGAGCCAUAUGGGAUGUAUUCUGAUGAUGAUGCAAACAGUGAUGCAUCAAGUGCUUGCUCAGAACGUUCCUACGGGUCCAGAAAUGGAGGCAUCCCACACUACCUGCGACAGACAGAGGAUGUGGCUGAGGUCUUAAACCACUGUGCUAGUUCCAACUGGUCUGAGAGGAAAGAGGGACUAAUAGGGCUACAGAAUUUACUGAAGAGCCAGAGGACAUUGAGCCGAGUUGAGUUGAAAAGGCUAUGUGAAAUCUUCACACGCAUGUUUGCAGAUCCUCACAGCAAGGUUUUCAGCAUGUUUCUUGAAACCCUGGUAGACUUCAUAAUUAUCCACAAGGAUGAUUUGCAAGAUUGGCUUUUUGUCCUCCUGACACAGUUACUUAAGAAGAUGGGAGCUGACUUGCUGGGAUCAGUACAGGCAAAAGUGCAGAAGGCUCUGGAUGUAACAAGGGAUUCUUUUCCGUUUGAUCAGCAGUUUAAUAUCCUCAUGAGGUUUAUUGUAGAUCAAACCCAAACACCAAAUCUUAAGGUAAAAGUGGCAAUCCUCAAGUACAUUGAAUCCUUGGCCAGACAGAUGGACCCAACUGAUUUUGUGAACUCCAGCGAGGCAAAACUUGCUGUUUCUAGGAUUAUCACUUGGACAACAGAACCAAAGAGCUCAGAUGUGAGAAAGGCAGCACAGAUAGUCCUGAUUUCUCUGUUUGAACUGAAUACACCUGAGUUUACCAUGUUGCUUGGUGCCUUGCCAAAAACAUUCCAGGAUGGUGCUACCAGGCUACUACACAACCACCUCAAGAAUUCCAGUAACACUAGUGUGGGUUCUCCUAGCAAUACAGUGGGUCGAACUCCUUCACGGCACCCUACCAGCAGAACCAGCCCCUUAACUUCACCUACCAACUGUUCUCAUGGAGGACUGUCUCCAAGUCGUUUCUGGGGUUGGAGUGCAGAUGGGCUGUCGAAGCACCCCCCUCCCCUUUUUCAGCCUAACUCUAUCCCCGCUGCUCCUUCUCACAAGACUUUCAGGCGCUCUUACUCUCCCAGCGUGCUGGAUUAUGAUACGGAGAAUCUAAAUUCUGAUGAGAUCUACAGCUCACUUCGUGGAGUCACAGAGGCAAUUGAAAAGUUUAGUUUCCGUAGUCAAGAAGAUCUAAAUGAACCAAUCAAACGUGAUGGGAAAAAGGACUGUGAUAUUGUUUCCCGAGAUGGUGGGAUAGCUUCAACAGCCAUUGAUGUGCGUGGAAGCAGCGAUGUAGUAGAAGGAGGAAGGAUGGCUCUGGACAACAAAACUUCUCUACUCAACACCCAGCCCCCACGUGCCUUUUCAGGACCCCGAACCCGAGAGUAUAACCCCUACCCAUACUCUGACACUAUCAGCGCCUACGACAAGAGCGCUCUCAAGGAAGCUGUGUUUGAUGAUGAUAUUGACCAGCUUCGGGAUGUGCCCAUUGAUCAUUCUGAUUUGGUGGCUGAUCUUUUGAAAGAGCUAUCCAAUCACAAUGAGCGGGUUGAAGAACGAAAAGGAGCUCUUCUCGAGUUACUGAAGAUCACAAGAGAAGAUAAUCUAGGAGUCUGGGAAGAACAUUUCAAGACCAUUUUGCUUUUACUACUUGAAACACUUGGAGACAAAGAUCAUUCGAUAAGAGCACUGGCAUUGAGAGUGUUGCGAGAAAUCUUGAGGAACCAGCCUGCAAGAUUUAAGAACUAUGCUGAGUUGACUAUCAUGAAGACUUUGGAAGCACAUAAAGAUUCUCACAAAGAGGUUGUUAGAGCUGCUGAGGAAGCUGCUUCUACCCUAGCGAGCUCCAUCCACCCUGAACAGUGCAUCAAAGUGCUCUGUCCCAUCAUUCAAACAGCUGACUAUCCAAUUAAUCUAGCCGCUAUUAAAAUGCAAACUAAAGUCAUUGAGAGGAUCUCAAAGGAGUCUUUGCACCAGCUCCUUCAAGACAUCAUCCCUGGGUUGUUGCAGGGCUAUGACAAUACAGAAAGCAGCGUUCGGAAAGCCAGUGUAUUUUGCCUUGUGGCAAUUUAUUCCGUUAUUGGUGAAGAACUAAAGCCUCAUCUUGCACAGCUCACUGGGAGCAAGAUGAAGCUCCUCAACUUGUACAUAAAGAGGGCCCAGACUACCAACAGCAACAGCAGCUCAUCUUCAGAUGUUUCCACGCACAGUUAAUGGAGAUCUUUGGACAUACUUGUAGACAUACAAGCAAUCAGCUGUGCCUCUCAGAGACCCUCCCCUCAUCAGCACGCUCCAUCUGCUGACAGAGGCCAUGCAGAUAUUUGUUGCAAUCAGUAUUUUUAGUCCUUCGAGGCUUUUUAUUGUAGGAUAUUCUUGGUAUUGAAUGUAAAGGAAGCAAGGCCUGGGCUGCAGUGUUCACUCAAAAACGGCAAUAGAAAGCCAUAUGUAAACAUUGCAUUUGACCCACUAGCAUUUCUAAAACCUGUUAGGUUUCUAUAGUUACACAGUUGUUCAAAGCUUGAAUCAUUGAUAAUAGAAUUUGGCUUUAUGUCUGGCUAUUUUUUGCAUUUGUUUUAAACCUACACUUUUAACCAGUUUCUCCAGUUUUCCCAGUUUCUAUGAUGUGUAACAGUUGCAAAGCUGGGAUUAAACAUUGGAAUGAUCUGGCUAUUCUCCAGAGAAACCUGUGCAGACUACAGGAUC